CCCGGGUCGCAUCCUACAAAGACUGGGAAGAGGGUCGUGACGAGGCGGGCAGCGCCGAGGAGGAGGACGAGGAAGAGGAUGAGGACGACCGGAGCAGCCGCAAAGCUCGCAGGAACAGGCAUUACCGUUCCGUCCACGUGGAGACACCUUCAUACACAGGGGGUGUCAGCGAGGAGUUCUGGGAACGCAGCCGGCAGCGGGAGAGGGAGCGUCGGGAACACGGAGUCUUUGCCUCCUCCAAGGAGGAGAAGGAACGGAAGAAGGAACGCAGUAGGGAGCGGGACCACGAUCGUAAACGGGACCGUGAGGAGCGGGACAGGAGUCGUCACAGCAGCAGAUCGGAAAGGGAUGGCUCGUCAGAACGGAGCAGCAGGAGGAGUGAACCUGAGAGCCCCCGACAUCGGCCCAAAGAUGCAGCCACACCAUCUCGCUCCAGCUGGGAGGAAGAUGAUAGUGGCUACAGCAGUACCCGUCGCUCACAGUGGGAAUCUCCCUCACCCACGCCUUCCUAUCGGGACUCGGAGCGCAGCCACCGGCCAUCGUCACUGCGGGACACAGACCGGCGGGAACGGGACAGGUCUGUGAGGAGCAGGUACUCAGACAAGACGCCAUUGCCCACCCCGUCGUACAAAUACAAUGAGUGGGCUGACGACAGGAAGCACCUUGGAGCCACGCCACGGCUGUCCCGAGGGAGAGGGCGGCGCGCAGAUGGCGAGGAGGGCAUCGCCUUUGAGACAGAGGAGGAGCGGCAGCAGUGGGAGGAUGACCAGCGGCAAGCUGACCGGGACUGGUACAUGAUGGAUGAGGGCUAUGAUGAGUUUCACAACCCCUUAGCCUACUCCUCUGAGGAGUACGUGAAGAAGCGCGAGCAGCACUUACACAAGCAGAGGCAGAAGCGGAUCUCAGCACAGCGGCGGCAGAUCAAUGAGGAUAACGAGCGCUGGGAGACGAAUCGCAUGCUGACCAGUGGUGUGGUUCAUCGGAUUGAAGUGGAUGAAGAUUUUGAAGAGGAUAACUCCGCUAAAGUUCACUUGUUGGUGCACAACCUCGUGCCUCCUUUCCUGGAUGGAAGGAUUGUCUUCACCAAGCAGCCAGAGCCAGUCAUCCCUGUGAAGGAUGCCACCUCGGAUUUGGCCAUCAUAGCCCGGAAAGGCAGCCAACUGGUGCGCAAGCACAGGGAGCAGAAGGAGCGUAAGAGGGCACAGCACAAGCACUGGGAGCUGGCGGGCACUAAAUUGGGAGACAUUAUGGGGAUCAAGAAAGAGGAGGAGAAGGAUGAGAUGGUGACGGAAGAUGGCAAAGUGGAUUACAAGACUGAGCAGAAGUUUGCUGAACACAUGAAAGAAAAAAGUGAAGCCAGCAGUGAGUUUGCCAAGAAGAAAUCAAUCCUGGAGCAGAGACAAUACCUACCUAUCUUUGCUGUGCAGCAGGAACUGCUCUCCAUCCUCAGAGACAACAGCAUUGUGAUUGUGGUAGGGGAGACGGGGAGUGGGAAGACGACUCAGCUGACACAGUACCUGCACGAGGAUGGCUACACUGACUACGGCAUGAUCGGCUGCACCCAGCCCCGCAGAGUGGCCGCAAUGUCGGUGGCCAAGCGGGUCAGUGAGGAGAUGGGGGUCCGUCUGGGGGAGGAGGUGGGCUAUGCCAUCCGUUUUGAGGACUGCACGUCCGAGAACACAGUAAUCAAGUACAUGACAGAUGGGAUCCUCCUCCGUGAGUCACUGAGGGAGGCUGACCUGGACAACUACAGUGCUAUCAUCAUGGAUGAGGCUCAUGAGCGCUCACUCAACACUGAUGUGCUCUUCGGGCUGCUUCGGGAGGUGGUGGCCCGACGCUCAGAUCUGAAACUUGUUGUCACCUCGGCCACCAUGGAUGCAGAUAAGUUUGCCUCCUUCUUUGGGAAUGUUCCAAUUUUCCACAUUCCUGGGCGCACUUUCCCUGUGGAUAUUCUUUUCAGCAAGACCCCACAGGAGGAUUACGUGGAGGCUGCAGUGAAACAAGCCCUGCAGGUCCACUUGUCUGGUGCUCCUGGAGACAUCCUUGUCUUCAUGCCUGGCCAGGAGGACAUUGAGGUGACCUCAGAGCAGAUUGUGGAGCACCUUGAGGAGCUGGAGAAGGCUCCUGCUCUUGCUGUACUGCCAAUCUAUUCUCAGCUGCCCUCGGACUUGCAGGCCAAGAUCUUCCAGAAGGCUCCCGACGGGGUCAGGAAGUGCAUCGUUGCCACUAACAUUGCAGAGACCUCACUGACAGUGGAUGGCAUCAUGUUUGUGAUUGACUCUGGCUACUGCAAGUUGAAGGUUUUCAACCCCCGCAUAGGCAUGGAUGCGCUGCAGAUCUACCCCAUCAGUCAGGCCAAUGCCAAUCAGAGGGCAGGCCGAGCUGGCCGGACAGGCCCAGGCCACUGCUUCAGGCUCUACACCCAGAGUGCUUACAAGAAUGAGCUGCUGACAACCACGGUGCCUGAGAUCCAGCGCACCAACCUUGCCAACGUAGUGCUCUUGCUCAAGUCCCUGGGUGUGCAGGACCUGCUACAGUUCCACUUCAUGGAUCCACCCCCUGAGGACAACAUGUUGAACUCCAUGUACCAGCUGUGGAUCCUGGGGGCCCUGGAUAACACAGGUGGUCUGACCUCAACGGGACGUCUCAUGGUGGAGUUCCCACUGGACCCUGCGCUCUCCAAAAUGCUCAUAGUCUCCUGUGACAUGGGUUGCAGCUCUGAGAUCUUGCUUGUUGUCUCCAUGUUGUCUGUGCCUGCCAUCUUUUACCGUCCUAAGGGCCGAGAGGAGGAGAGUGACCAAGUGCGGGAGAAAUUUGCUGUUCCAGAGAGUGAUCACUUGACUUACCUGAAUGUUUACCUGCAGUGGAAAAACAACAGCUAUUCUACCCUGUGGUGCAAUCAGCACUUCAUCCAUGCCAAGGCCAUGCGGAAGGUGCGGGAGGUGCGUGCCCAGCUCAAGGACAUUAUGGUGCAGCAACGGAUGAGCCUGGCGUCCUGUGGUACGGACUGGGAUGUUGUCAGGAAGUGCAUCUGUGCUGCAUAUUUCCAUCAGGCUGCAAAGCUGAAGGUGAGAGGUGUUUGAGCUGCCUGGGGGCUGUGAGGUCCUGCCUGGGAACAGGUGGGCUAAGCACACUUGUUUUUGCAGGGCAUUGGGGAGUAUGUGAACAUCCGCACAGGCAUGCCCUGCCACCUGCACCCCACGAGCUCUCUGUUUGGCAUGGGCUACACACCAGACUACAUUGUGUAUCACGAAUUGGUUAUGACUACAAAGGAAUACAUGCAGUGUGUCACUGCUGUGGAUGGAGAGUGGCUGGCAGAGCUGGGCCCCAUGUUCUACAGUAUCAAACAUGCUGGCAAGUCACGCCAGGAGAACCGCCGCCGUGCCAAGGAGGAAGUGUCUGCCAUGGAGGAGGAGAUGGCUUUGGCGGAGGAGCAGCUGCGUGCCCGCCGGGAGGAGCAGGAGCGUCGUAACCCACUGGGCAGUGCAAGAUCUACUAAAAUCUACACCCCUGGGCGGAAGGAGCAGGGGGAGCCCCUGACGCCACGACGCACCCCAGCCCGCUUUGGCCUCUGAGAUGGCAGUACCUGUUGCUUUGAGACUUAAGGACUUCUGGGAGCAGCUGAGUCU